AUGAACACAAUCUGCGCGUCGCGUGAUCACAAUCCAAAACGCUUUUGGUCCUUUUUUAAGACAAAAUCGAAAGUCAGUAACAUUCCAGGGAAAGUUUCAAUGAAGGAAAACGACAAUGAAAGACUACAUGCGGAUAAUAACACAGACAUAGCGAAUAUGUUUAAUGAAUAUUUUGCUUCCAUCUUUACGUCUGACCCUGACAGUAAUUCUGAACGCCAAGAUCAUUCACAAGUUAUUACAAUUGAUAACAUUGCAUUAUCGGAGGAAGAAGUUAUGACUGUGAUAAUGAACUUAGAUAGCAAUAAAGCACAAGGUCCAGACAACAUUCCAGCUCGUUUGUUGAAAGAAACAGCCAUGCAGAUUACCCCAUCACUCUGUGCACUAUUUAACAAGUCUCUACGUGUUGGUGUUCUUCCUAGUGUCUGGAAACUUGCAAACGUGGUCCCGGUCCAUAAACAUGGAGAGAAGACUUACGUCGAAAACUACCGACCAAUUUCGCUGCUAUCACUCAUCUCCAAGGUUCUCGAACGUUGUAUAUUCAAUAACAUCAAAUAUCACGUUUACGAGCAGAUAAAUCCUUGUCAGAACGGUUUUAUGCCUGGGAAAUCGUGCAUCACUCAGCUUAUUGAAGUUCUCGAACAGAUAGGCCGUGAGUUGGAUCGCGGCAAGCAGAUUGACGUACUUUAUUUGGACAUGUCGAAGGCGUUCGAUAGAGUAAGUCACGUGGAGUUAAUACAUCGUCUUCGCGAAUUCGGGUUUGGAGGGAGCGUUCUCGAUUGGUUCAAUUCUUAUCUGACCAAUCGAUACCAGCAAACAACCGUUCUCGAAGCAACGUCGAAACCACUCCCGGUAACAUUAGGAGUGCCACAGGGGUCCAUCCUCGGUUCGUUGUUGUUCUUGCUGUACGAGAAUCAUCUCUCCAAUGCUGUGACUAAUUCAAACAUUGCUACAUUUGCUGAUAAUACCAAAAUCUUCAAGACCAUCAAUUCCAUCUCUGAUGCAGCUGCUCUGCAGUGUGACCUGUCAAAAUUUGAGAAAGGCUCGACCAACGGGAACCUGGAAUUAAAUGCAAGCAAAUGCAAAGUGUUAAGAGUCACCCGUAAGCACAACAAAAUCAUCUACCCGUAUACGCUGCAUAACACCAUUCUAGGAAGCACGGACAGUGAGCGUGAUCUUGGGAUAUUAACUUCAUCUAGCCUGACUUGGUCUAAACAUGUCGAGUACCAGUACGCCAAAGCCUCCAAGACCCUAGGAUACAUUCGUAGAUCAACGUUCGACAUCAAAGACAUUGCAGUUCGCCGCACUCUAUACUUGACUCUCGUUCGUACGCAGCUAUGCUAUGGUUCACAAAUCUGGGCACCACAAAUCAUCAAUCUAAUCCAACGCACAGAAAGACUUCAACGACGCGCGACUAAGUACGUCUUGGAUCUACCCUUCCGUUGUGAAACUACAUACAACCAGAGACUUUCACGUUUAGGGCUUAUUCCAUUGAGCUACUGGCAUGAAUUUCUGGACAUGGUUGUGUUCUACAAACUAAUUCAUGGACUCAUGAGAAUUGACGAACAUUUCCUGCCUCAACCAACAAGUGUCAACAGCCAAAGGGAAACAAGAUCAUCCGAUCCUGACCAUUUGUCAUUCACGACAACACGAUGCAAGACAACCACAUUCCAAAAGUCCUAUUUAAAUAGAUGUACCAGAAUGUGGAAUGUACUGCCAAAGAACUUGACAGGCAAUAACACCAGCCUUAGUCAGUUAAAAAAUGGACUUUUUAUCUACUAUAAAGUAGCAUUACAAACGUUCUACGACGUGGAUGAUCCAAGAACAUGUAAAUCAAUAUGUUGUCCUGUAACAAGUCCCGUAAUCUGUCCUGUGAAGUAUCGUGUUGUUAUUAGUUUAAUGUGUUUGUGAUGUCGUAUCUUAUAUGUAAGGGCCGCUGUAAUUGGCGUAAGCUGUAGCAUGUUCCCUACCAUUGUCCAUAUAUGUAUUUUCUGUGUUGUAAUGUUUAUUAGCAAAGUUAAAUAAAUAAAUAAAUAAAAACUUCAUUAUUUUCUAGAGAUAGUUUGUUGUUAACUGUAAACCAAAGUAUAUUUUGUGUUCAAUAUAUAGACCUCAGCAAGACUUUUUAGUCCUUACUACCUGAAGAUGGAGUAAAUCUCUGAAACGUCGUUUGUUAAUGUAAUAAGCACAUUUAAAAAAGUCUUACUGUGGUCUAUAAAUUGAACAAGUAAUAUAUUAUUAACAUGAGGCUUAAGGAAAGUUCAUUCCUAAACAUUUUGUAAACGAAAGGUUUUUUCAAACACCAAUAAUAAUCUUCUUGAACACAAGAUCUUCUCUACAACAUUUGAGGUCGGUUAACCAGCAUUUAAACUUUUGUUUAGCACAGUGACUUAUUUCAAUACAACUAGAAAAUACAUGCAUGCAGAAACCCUCGCCUUGCUGACUUCUAUUUUCCGAACAUGAAGUAUCUAAAGUAGUUGUCAUGGUAACACGAUAAUUUUUAAGAAUAUUCUUACAAAUAAAAAAUCGCCUAAAAAUAUCACUUUUAAUUACAAAAUUAUUAAUUUCCCGACAUAUAUAUGUUAUGUAUGUUAUUAUACGUAAUAUAAGUCUUAAUUUAAGGUAAAAUUCAACAAACUCUUCGCAAAACGUUUUAAUUAAUAAGUCACUACUCACACUAGUGUUCUUUAUAAAACUAAACUGCCUUUUAAAAUGGCUUUAUCGAUAAACUUUGAGUUUGCAAUAAAAUUAUUUCAAAUUUUCGCUUGCAAAUAACUUUGCUUUCUUCGGUUAUUUAAAAAAAUUCAAUGUCAUAAAAAAGGGAAUCAAUAUUAAAGAUACACUGAAAUUAUAUGCUGUCUUGUUUAGUUGUUUCAUAUACGCAAAGGCCGUCGGGUUUUAAACUCAUUACAAAGUCAAUAUUUAAAACAAACUUACCUUCGUUAACGUCGGCUCCCUUCUUUUAGCCGAUUCUUUCGCAGUUUCUUUCUGAGAGAGCUUUUGAAAUUUACAAAAUCUUGCAAAAAUGCAAGAAAAAAUGAAAUAUAUUUGCAAGAAAUUUAUCAAUUAUCAAAUCAAGAAAUGUUUGCUAUUUUGCUGUCGUCAUGCAGUCGUUAUAAGGCAAACUUUAAAUUGGACCAAUCAAUGGUGUCCGCUAUUGAUGACAGUUCGCCAUAUUUUUUAGAUCAUUGAGAAUGACCACCCACCCAACAUCGUUGGUCACCCAAGCCCGCGAUAAUUGAUGAACUUUAGACUUCGCUAAUGCCUUCGUUUCCCCGGGUGUAAAUAGCCGGGGGGAUUAGUACCCUCGCACGGCGCUUCGCGCCGUCGGCUCGGAGACAAAAUCAUCCCACCUUCCAUUAUGUACACAGCCCCUAAGGCGCCUGUUCAGGUGGUAGGAAUUCUAAUUUUUUGGCAUGGGCGGUUUUGUAUGAUUACCUCCAAUGCUUAUAACUUCUUGCUUUUGUAUGUAUAAUUAUAAUGCUGUCAGUGGUAAAGAUAGCCAUAGCAACAGGUCAUGAUAUGCAAGUUUAUAAUGAUUUGUUUCAUUCAAAUAGAUGCAUGUUUAUCAGCAUAGGCAUAGCAUGACCAGUUGCAAUGACUAGCUCGCCACUAACCAGAGAUCAGGCUCUAUUUUACAAAUAUAGCCUGACACAAACAUUAAUCCGAUAGUUUUCCAUGCACCCACAGCAAAGUCUAUAUUUAGUAUCCAAUCAAAAUGUCGCAGGAGAAAUUUAAAUUUCACACAACGACAACAACAAUCUAAUUAUAGUUGUGCUCACUAUAAAAUAAAUCAUCAACAAUAGUAUAAAUAUCUAAUUAGCACCAACCAAUCAAAUGACAGAUUAAAAAAUCUUUUGUCUCAUAGACCAAUUAGAUUUACAACCGAAAUAUGGCUGUAAGGCAUGUUAAAGUUUGUAUCAGGUGUAUAUAUUUAUUUAUAGGCCUGAUCGCAGGUUAGCUUGCCACUGAAUACUGUACAAUAUCAUAUAUUUAUAUUCACGAACGAUAAUAAUAACUUACUGACCGAGAGUGAGGGCAGUACGGGAAAAUAUCCAACCGAGAUCUUGCUGUAUUGACCGAGCGAUAGCGAGGUCAAUACAGCAAGAUCGAGGUUGGAUAUUUUACCGUACUGUCCGAACGGUUGAGGUCAGUAAGUUUUUUAUUAUAUGGCAUUGUACGUUUGUAAAAAAUGAAAGAAAAGGUCACGCGAGGGCAAAGUACAAAGUCCGAAACAGUUUGCAAAAAAAAUUGUAAAAAAUGUUCUUUGGUUAGUAAAACUGCUCUACAGUACCUUUUAUAUAUAAUACUAACACAGUUUGGAUAGUAUUUCAAGAAAAAUACGAGGUAUUUCGUCAUUUAAUCAGAGACAACAAAUAUGAAAACAAUAAAGUUCAAUAAAAUUACAAAAACAAGUACGUUUUUAGUUCGCUUCAUCUGAUGUUUAUGUGUCUUUUUAUCUAACAAAAACAGAAAUUUUCAGGGGAAAAUUAUAAACCUGUGGCUGUUUUUGUCAUGUACUUUUUAUUUAGGAUGAUGUGAAAUUCCUCUUGCAGCUCUUCGCAUUGUCAAAACACAACUAUUCCUGACUGCUUUUAUAGUUAUAAACAUUGUAAAAUUUACCUUGUAAUUUUGACUUUCGCUAACAAAAACUUAUGGAGAAAGUUCUUUAACCACAGCAGUUGCUCCUUUUCUUUAGUUUAGGUUUAUUUUUCUUCGUUUUAAAUAGUUUUGAAAGACUUUUAGACACUUUUUGCAGUUGGAAACUCGGCUCUCGUCGCUGGGCAAUAAAAAUUGCGUAUUGCCCGUGGGCAUAUACGGGAAAAUCCUGCCUCGUCAGCAGCCAAUCAAAUUGCACGAUUCGUCAAAACAAAUGCUUGCCAUAUAAUAAUUACACUUAUUUACUGAGACCGAGGGAAACAGUGUGUUUUGUGGACACGAGUCCGUCGAUGUUUGUCGAGGGUCCACAAAACACACUGCUUUCCCGAGGUCUCAGUAAAUAAGUGUUUUAUUAUAUAUCAAUAGUCAAAGAAACAAUAAUUUAUAGAACAAAUGAACGUAAAUACAUGAAAUAUUUUAUUGUUAAAACGUUAAAUUAAACACUGCAGUUACUUGAAGCGAAAGUUUAAUAAAUUACUAGGCAUGUCCAAAGGUCACGUUAUGGCGCUCGUGACUUUUUUCGUUAUUCGCCGGUCGAUAACGUAUUGUUUCCCUCUCGCGCUGAUGCGAGGGAGACAGUCUAAUUUCGUCACUCUCACGUGAUAUGCCCUUGACCAAUUUAACACUAGAAACACGAGACUUUGACUAUUGGUAUAUAAUAAUAAUACUUGAAUGAAUCAUUGGACAUGUAGAAUUUAAUAACAAUUUCAUGUAUAGAAAUGCUAUACAAAACUAUCCGUAUCGCAGAACAACUGACAUUUUUGUUUUAUUUAAUACAUCAGCUUCAGAUAACACCAUAUUUGUAAUUAUUAAGAUUGUACUCAGUCAGAACUUGAAAACUAUAUAAUAAGAAAGAUAUUGCAACGUCAGCGCUCGACAGGGAUAGCAUCAUGCCUGUGUGAGAGUUCGUUUCAAGUCCGACAAUGGUAAAGUCCGCGAAGAGAACGUCCUUAUAGACAGUGGCGCAGGAACGACCGUGAUCAGAAAGAACUUUACAAGGACGACGAGAAAGGAUAGAUAUUGCAGUCGUCGGUGUAGAAAGAAUCCAGCAAAAUAAUAGCAGACGAGUGAAAUUUUAGAUUUUGCCUUUGAACAGCAACGAGUCUUACUCAGUUGAAGCAAACGAGAUUGACCACACCAUCAUCAACAUCCCUGCCCUUGAUCGCAUCUGGCUUCAAUCAUUUGAUCAUUUUAGUGACAUCGAUUUCCCUCACCGUGCUGGCCCAGUAGAUCUGAUUAUUGGAAUCCAGUAUAGCCACCUGAAUGCAGAAAGCGAAGUUCGGCAAGGCUUGCCCUUUCAACCGGUUGGAAAACGGACGAAGCUGGGAUGGCAUGUCAUUGGUCCAGAUAACGCAAAGGCCUCGACUGUCAGAUACGCAAUCUUUGCAAGGAAGAUAAAUUUGGAGAAGUUCUACGACUUCGAAACGUUUGGUGUACGAGCACCUAACUGCAGUUAUCAUGACAAAACGUUAUCUCGAGAUGGAAAGAAGGCGAUAGAACUGUUCGAAUCGUCAUGCGUGAAAUUGGAUGAAAGAUAUGUUAUUGGCCUUCCGUGGAAGAAAGAUUCUGCGCAUCUACCAAACAACUACUCGUUAGCAAAGCGUCGGUUGGAGUCAUCCGAGAAAAAUUUGGCAAAGAAUCCAAACAAGGCUAAGACGUAUGACAAAAACCAUUCAAGAGUACGAAAGAAAUGGGUGGGCGAAGAAAUUGACGAAAGAAGAGGCGCUGAAUACGAACGGUCCAGAACAUUAUCUUCCUCAUCAAGGUAUAUACCGCCCGAAGAAGAAGAGUACGCCACUAAGAGUCUUGUUUGACCCAGCCAGUUCCUACCAAGGAGUUUCUCUAAACUCUUUCCUGUUCAAAGGACCUUGUAUCAUCGGAAACCUAAUUGGGGUCUUGCUUCGGUUUCGAGAAGAGCAAAUCGCAUUCGCAGGAAAUAUCUCGAAGAUGUUUUUGCAAAUACUGUUGGCCAAAAAGGAUGCCAAGUCACCGCUUUCUAUGGAGGAUCAUGGAGACAUCACAAGAGCCCUCAAUUUACGUAUUGCUUCGUGUGACCUUUGGUGACAAACAUUCUCCCGAUAUGGCGAGUUUUGUGAUGCUCAAGAUCGCUGAAGAAAGCCGAGUUCGCUCUUCAGAAGCAUCCAAGAUUCUCGAGCGAGAUAGGUAUGUCGAUAACCUUAUCUAUUCGUUUUCUUCAACGCAAGGCGCCCUUCAAAGAAUCGUUGCUAUCGAGAAGAUGCUCAACGCCAGUGGUUUUAAGAUCAAAGAAUGGAAUUGUUCCUCCUCUCUACUACGAGCUCAAUUGAAUGAGAGAAAGAACGCGUCUAAUCCAGAUACCUCGAGCGAUGACAUGACAGAGCCAAAGGAAGAUUCAAUCUUACAAACUCCUGCCUUGAAACCAGUCGAAGAACACCUGAUGUGGACAAAGUAA